UAUAGCCCAGACAACGUGGCUGGAGCAGACGGAGACUUUGACCCCACUGAAAUCACCUUUCCAGGAUGUUCUUGUGUUACCAGCUCCUGUGCGGUUCAUGUGUGCCCGUGUCUUUGCCACGGUGAAAAUUACAACAGUUUGUGCCUCAGGCCUCCAGCCAAAGAGGAGGAGUACGCCAGGCCUGUUUUUGAAUGCAAUGCCAUGUGCCAGUGUGGUGAAUCCUGUCAAAACAGGGUUGUUCAGAGGGGUUUGCAAUUCAGACUUGAGGUAUUCAAGACUCAGAAGAAAGGGUGGGGUCUUCGCACGCUGGAAUUCAUAGCUAAAGGACGAUUUGUUUGUGAAUAUGCUGGUGAAGUUUUAGGCUUUAAUGAAGCACGUAGAAGAAUUCAGGCCCAGACAUCAAAGGAUUCGAACUAUAUUAUAGCUGUGAGGGAACACCUCCAUAGUGGUCAGAUAAUGGAGACAUUUGUUGACCCCACGUACAUUGGUAACUUAGGCAGAUUCCUGAAUCAUUCUUGUGAACCGAAUUUAUUUAUGGUGCCAGUUCGAGUUGACUCAAUGGUGCCUAAACUGGCACUUUUUGCAGCUACUGAUAUCUCUGCUGGACAGGAACUUACAUAUGAUUAUUCAGGAAGAUUCCAUAAUUUACCAAUAACUAAUAGAGAAGGAAAAACUUCAGAGGAAGAGAACAGAUUGAGAAAGCCUUGCUACUGCGGGUCCCGCACAUGUGCUGCCUUCUUACCUUGGGACAGCUCCCUCUUCUCAACACCAGAUGCUUGUUCAGGGACCUCUCCCUAG